CUUCUUAACUGUAAAGAACCACAUAGUCGAGCAUCAUGGAUCAUCUGAAAAGAACCGCGGCAUUCGAGUCAUCCAUCUGCAAUAGUCUCACGUGCAACCUUCGGCACUUUUACCACCAUGGCGAACCUGACCAAGCCCAACUGGACAUAUGGAAAGCCCAAGCUCUGAGCUACGUGGGAGCCCACUGUACACCGAGCGAAACACAUUCGGCUCAUCUCGCUGUCGAACGAGCGAUAGCGCAGGCCUUGGCAACGUAUCAAUGUACGAGUUCGGAAUUGGAACGAUCUAAACCUUCUGCCAGUAAAGAACGAUCAUUUUCUUUGCUGCAAUCCCUUAGCGACAGCGGCGGAGGAUUGGCAUCGUUUGUAAACUGGGAUCGAGUUUCCGAAGCAGAAACUUUGCACGAAAAGUUGAAACUAAUGGAAGAAGUUCAGUAUAUUGACGAUGUCGUACUAGACUGGAAUAGGUUUCGUGAAGUCUUGCUGGGUGGUUUACGCAGCUCAUCUCUCACACAGAAAUCCCUACUUCUUCAUCGGAAAUGGUUUGAAUUAACAAGGUCUUCGGCGUCACAGUAUCAGGUCAUCCAAAGCGACUUAGCAAUGAACCUGAAAAUUCUACUAGGAGAAAUAGCCAUCUCGCGGGCAGAUUUGAAUGACACUGCAGCACUCGAGACGAUUCGACUACUGCAUUCCAUAUGGAUGAACUUCAUGCUUAGAGGUGACCGUGUCAGUGCACCACCAGCUGAAUUGAUCGAAUCCAUCGGAAGUGCUUUCUGGGAUUGGAGCAAGUCAUUUUUCGAACACGACGAAAAGCCAAGUCAGUCCUUGGGCGAGAUGCUGUUUGAGAUCGAUCCAUAUACAGGAUGGUUUCAGCUGUGGAUUAAGGAGUAUUUUUCUGCUUUGCAAGUUUUAGAAAGAUUCGCUACAGCGAAAGAUGACUGCGACUUCCUAUCAAAGUUAACUGUCAAAGUCUGGGAAGCUGUGCAGCGGAACGGGUUCAAUUUGUACAUUCAAUGUGGGCUUUGUAUAGUUUGGUGUGUCCUAUCCGCACUUAGAGUGCGAUAUUUUCCUUGGAAAUCCUUUUUAAGUGGAGGCACGGUGGCACCCGACGACUCAACAAUCGAGUGGGUAUAUGACAUUUUUCUUUACUGUUCAAAAGAAGCUUUGGCUUCUGGGCAUGAUGACUUUUUCUGUGUGGCUGCGGAUGCUAUGUCGAUUCUCCUUCCGGGAUGUAGUCCUGAGUUCCGUAAUCGCAGAACAGUGAAGCAGAAUUAA